GGUUUCGGCUGUACCUCGAGAAUAUAAAGAGAAACACCGACAUGUUUGAUUUUUGUCUCGAGUUCUUUACGAAUAGCAUUAAAAAAUUCUUCCCUAAAUUUUUGUGGCACUAAAAAGCCACUUCAGGUUAAAAUGUGUACCUAUUGAUGAAAAUUCGAUACCAUCAGAAUUUUCAUACAAAUCAAUUUUUAUGCUAUCUCAGCCAAAAAUUAAAAACAAAUAACACAACUCAACAGCAGCACUAUGGUCGUAGUUCAAGUUCGAUAUUGACUCAUUUGGAAAUUAUUACUGAAGUUCACCAUCAUCGAUUCCAUGAAAUUUUACUGCCAUCGUCAGCUUGUGUCGUUGCCAGCCAUGGCCAGCAAAGCAAGCUCAGCUAUUCGUUCGUCUGCGGAUAAUUAUUUAUUUUAAAAAAUGUUGAAGUAGCGAAUUUUCCUUCUGCAUGUAUCGCGCUCAUUGGAAAAUUUUUAAUAAAAUUUUAUAUUUAUUCAAUUUAUGUGCAGUCAAGUAUUAAUUUCGUUAUUGAUUAUAAUAAUUUAUGUAAUUAUGAGUCUAUUAAUUUUGUUCAUUAUUUCUUGUACCACACCAGCAUUUGGCUCUGAAGAAACUUAUAAAGGUGUUCAAGAUUACUUUAAGGCAUCACAGAUUCAAUUACUUCAUUCCAUUGAAAUAGCUAAAAUAAAAAUUGCCAAUGUACACAAUAGUUUCACUGGUCGUUUGGAUGUUAUUCAUUAUGAACAGCAGCUGAUGUUAAAUGAUAUCCAUAAAGUAAAUCAAAGUCUUAUACCAUUGCAGUCAUUGAGUGUGAAUCGAAAAAAAUGUAUUGAAAAGUUUGCAUCCAAGUUUAUGACUCGAAUUGAUGUCCAAAGACAUUUUGAAAUGUGUCGAGAUAAAGCUAAACUCGAAUUGGAAUCUUUAACAUCGAAAGCUAAAGAAUCUAUAAAUUCAGCCGAAAAGUAUGCAAAUCAGAAUUUUUUUGAAAAUGUCAAAACUUGCAGUGAUUUGCAUGUGGAAAAUGAUACUGCUUUAGAAUUGUGUUCUAUGGAAUAUGUUGAAUUAGCAACAGAAAAUAUAAUGGAUUACUUGGAAACUGCUCAGGAACAAUUGGAAAUGAGUGUAUUUCGAACAUCUGUUAUUUCGCGUGAUGCAGUUAGAUGCACUUAUAAAGUAACGAGUAAAGUUUUGAAGGAUUUAGGCUCUUCGUUGAGGGAUAUUGAUAGUUGUUACAGAGACUCCAUUCUGGCUCAAAUUGAAACUGAACAACAAAUUGAUGAAAAUUCAAAUACUAUUAAUGAGGAAGAAUAUCAGGAGGAAUAAUACAAGAUUUGAUUCUUUUUAAAGUAUAGUUUUAAAGCUCCAAGAAUAGAAUUUUAUUUCCUUAUGAUGACGAUGCUGAAUUUUCGUCGCUAGUUCUUAGUUUUUUUAUAAGGACAAUCAAAAUGUAAAAUUUUGUUAUUAUUUUUAUUAAUUUACAUAAAUUAAAAAUAAAUAAAAAAAAAUACGACUCUAACGGUUUUCAAAACAUUAUUUCUAAACAUUCUUUUUUCAUAAAAAAAAAAACAAACAAAUUGCAUAC